UAUAAGACCUGCCUUCCAUGGGGAGAGGGAAGUGAACUGGGACAAAUAUUCAUUUCAACCCAGAGACUGAACAAAAAUCAAGGGCUUCUGUUGGUAAGUGAGGCCACUAUGGCUCUGAAGAAUUCCCAUAUGGUACUUGUCCUGCUGGGGUUGUUCCUAGUGGGGCUGGCCCAGUUAUCAGCUGGCAAAGAGUCUGCUGCAGAGAAGUUUCAGCGGCAGCACAUGGACACAGAGCACUCGACCGCCAAUAACAGCCAGUACUGCAACCUCAUGAUGAAGGCCCGGAACAUGACAACAGACAAAUGCAAGUCUAUCAAUACUUUCAUACAUGAGACUCAGGAAACAGUCGACGCUGUCUGCCAGGAGCCUAACAUCAGCUGCAAGAAUGGGCAGACCAACUGUCACCAAAGUAGUUCGGCUAUGACUCUCACCAACUGCGUUCAGACUGGAUCCUCUGAAUACCCCAACUGCCUAUAUUAAGCUUCCUAUCUUACUAACCAAAUCAUUGUGGCCUGUGAGGGUGAAGUCUAUGUGCCUGUGCACUUUGAUGCUUAUGUGUAGGAUCGGGUCUGAUUUUGGAGAAAAGGGAAUCCCUCCAUGCCACUAUAUGCUGUCUUAUUGCCCUCACUACUUCCUCUUCCUUGACAAAGUGCCUGAAAUAGCACCUUUCUCUUCCACCAUCCCUUUGCAUUUUCCUACCACUGGUGCAUACCUUCCCUCAAGCCUUUAGUCUCUGGGACUAGACUGUGAGUGGGUAUCACUCCAAGCCUCCCCUCCACUUUGGGGAUAUGUUUUGUGUGUGUGUUCAGAGGAAAGUACAAAAAGAGUCCCAGAUGUUAUGCCACUUCACUGCUAUUCUCAAUAAAACAUACCUGGUCCCAGAUGA